AGCUGAGAAAGGGGAAAAAGAGAGAGAGAGAGUGAAAAAAAAAAAAAAAAUGAAGGCCUCCAGAAACUUUGCAUCUGGAAAGUCCAGAAUGAGUUGUUGAUUUCCCAACAAGCACUGGAGCCAAUUUGGAAGGAACUGUGCAAUGUAGUGGGUUCUUUGUGAAAGAACAGCAGUGAGAAAAGCCACAGGAACAUCCUCCGGGGUGCCCAGAGCACUGGCCCCGGGCUAGCGGCUUGCCUCGGCCCCAUUUCCCGCAGAGGCUGCCACGGACGUGGCGCUGGCCCUGGGUCUGGGGGCUCCAGGCAGGACCCGAGACAAUCCUCUGAGGUAGCAGCCCCCAAAGAAGAUUAGCUGCGCUCUGAUGAAGCCUGGAAUGGUACCCCCUCCGCCAGGAGAAGAAAGCCAGACUGUCGUCCUUCCACCUGGCUGGCAAAGCUACCUGUCCCCUCAGGGCCGGCGCUACUAUGUCAACACGACCACUAAUGAGACCACCUGGGAACGUCCCAGCAGUUCUCCUGGGAUUCCAGCCAGCCCUGGCCCUCACAGGAGCUCUCUGCCUCCAACAGUGAAUGGAUACCACGCGUCAGGGACCCCAGCGCACCCUCCAGAGACUGCCCACAUGAGUCUCCGAAAAUCCACCGGUGAUUCCCAGAACCUGGGAUCCUCGUCACCAAGCAAAAAGCAGAGCAAGGAAAACACCAUCACAAUAAACUGCGUGACAUUCCCUCACCCAGACACGAUGCCAGAACAGCAGCUGCUGAAACCAACUGAGUGGAGCUACUGUGACUACUUCUGGGCUGAUAAGAAGGACCCCCAAGGCAAUGGCACCGUGGCUGGGUUUGAGCUACUGCUUCAGAAACAAUUGAAGGGCAAACAAAUGCAGAAGGAAAUGUCAGAAUUCAUCCGGGAAAGGAUAAAGAUUGAAGAAGACUAUGCGAAGAACUUAGCUAAGCUCUCUCAGAACUCCUUGGCCGCGCAGGAGGAAGGCUCCCUGGGAGAAGCGUGGGCCCAGGUGAAGAAGAGCCUUGCAGACGAGGCGGAAGUUCACCUCAAGUUCUCCGCCAAGCUCCACAGCGAGGUAGAGAAGCCCCUGAUGAACUUCCGUGAGAACUUCAAGAAAGACAUGAAAAAGUGCGACCACCACAUCGCCGACCUCCGCAAGCAGCUCGCCAGCCGCUACGCCGCGGUGGAGAAGGCCCGGAAGGCCCUCACGGAGCGGCAGAGGGACCUGGAGAUGAAGACCCAGCAGCUGGAGAUCAAGCUGAGCAACAAGACAGAGGAGGACAUCAAGAAGGCGCGGAGGAAGUCCACGCAGGCUGGAGACGACCUCAUGCGCUGUGUGGACCUCUACAACCAGGCGCAGUCCAAGUGGUUUGAGGAGAUGGUGACCACCACGCUGGAGCUGGAGCGGCUGGAGGUGGAGAGGGUGGAGAUGAUCCGGCAGCAUCUGUGCCAGUACACACAGCUGCGGCACGAGACGGACAUGUUCAACCAAAGCACAGUGGAGCCUGUGGACCAACUGCUUCGGAAAGUGGACCCAGCCAAAGACAGGGAGCUGUGGGUCAGAGAGCACAAAACGGGCAACAUCCGCCCUGUGGACAUGGAGAUCUAGAUGGGCCCGUGCGGCCCCGGGGGGUCCUGCCCAGAAGAGGGGCUGGGGGUCCCACGGAGAGGAAGUGGCAGCUCCCGCUGUGGGGCCCACUGCUGAGUGGAGCUGCCCCCCGCCCACUCUCCUGGGCCACUGAGGCGAGGGGAGAGAGCUGGUGAUUCCAGAAGGGCGACCUGGACGGCCCAGCUGGGGGUUCCCCAACAUUCCCAGGCCAAGAACAUAGACCCACAGCCCUGCCCUGUCUCUGAGGCCGAAGCCCCCCAACUCCCGUGCUGUGCUUGCCGCUCUGAGGACGGGCUGUAGGGGUUGCCGUCACAUGCCCGUGUCCCUGGAAGCCCCAAGGCCCUUCCUCUAGGUGGCUCCCUCGUCAGCAGGGCUUUGGAGGGUGAGGGGAGGGAGGCCGCUGUCUCCAUGCCAGGGGUCAGGAUCAGAAUCACAGAUGGAAGGCACCGGUCAGCUCUUGGUGCACCCGGAGUCCUUUGCAGCCCUCCCUGUCUGCCCCACUGCAUCCUGGGAGCCCGCCUCUGGCCUUUCUCGUCCACUGCUCAUCACCAGGGGUCUUGGGUGGAAGGCCUGGCUCCGUCUUCCCAGACCAGCCCUGCCUGGAGAGGUCGGGAUGGAACUACCUCAUUUGGCAAAUUAGCCCCGAGUCGGAGCGUCGAGCGCGUCUCCUGGCAGAUCAGGCCUCGUCUGUAAAGUCUCUGGAAGUCCCAACCCACCCCGCCCUCGGCUGCUUCUGCAGGAAACCCCCCGCCCCUCCCUGCCGCCCCUGCCCAGUCUCCUUAGAGGCAGCUUUCCAAAGUUCUCAGCUAGCAGGACCCCGUCUGGCUCAUCCCAAGGCUUCCGGGAUAGAAAUGAGCCAGCUCGUCUUAGAGGCCAGCCAGGCACGGGGCGCCAUCGGGGGCCUGCACCGUUAGGUCACCCGGCCCCUGCUCUCCCAGGCCGCCCACCGCGGGCUCUUCAUGGGGCUGGGUCAGUCCCAUACGGGAGACGGGUCAGGGCGAGUCUUCGUGGUCCCCCAGAUGGCUUCCGUCUGCUUGUACACAGCGGGGUCAGGACUGCUGUCCCUUGAAAGGCCUUCUGUCCCUGGCGGGCACUGGACAGGCACCGCGGACUCUCUCUGGGCCACAGUAGGGUUGUCCAGCUCCUCUGGCCCUCACUUGGUGCCAGCACCUCCUUCCCCUCUCUCCAUCUUCCGAUUCCUGGAAAAGCCUGGUUCAAGUGUGACGUGGGAAGCUUCGAGCACUGCCGUUGGGUCCAGCUCAUCACUUUCCCCCUUUCUGUGCCUCGGCUGACAGGUUCUCCACCACGUCAGUCUAGAGCUUUAGCCCGAGGGCCGGGAGAAGAGCAAGCCAGGGACAGAUGGCAGCUGGGAACCCACACCCUGGGACCCAUCUUUCUUAAUCUUUCCUACUGAUUACUUGGGAUUUGACCCACACAUCUCCCGCGAGGGCACAAUUCUACAAGCACAACUCGCUGGUCUUUCUCUCAGUCUGAAAUGCUAGUCACUGGUGACUUACUAAUCUCGAAUCUUUUGACACCUCUUUCAUUGAGUCAGAGUUGCUUUCUCAUAGUUUAUAUUAGAAAGAUGCCUAAUAUACUAAAGCAAGCCAAACUUUGUCCCUUUUCUCUUACUGAAACAUCCCAACCAAAAAGGCCAGUGCGAAGGCCGUCACCAGCAUCGGGGCCCCCUGGCGGGAUCUGUCCGUGGGCUGGGGAGCCACUCCUGGAUCUGGGCUUGGGCCAUGACACCAGCUACCAAUUUUAGAAUAUGAUUUCUUGGUGGUUUGAUUGAAGCUGGGUACUAGUGGUAAUUGCUUUAUGGGUUAGCAAACAAAUCGUGGAUGAUUUUCAAACAUUGAAAGCCAAUGGCCUUGUUACGAACACAAAUAUCUUGAGCGCAGUGUGGCUCGCUGACUUUGUCUUCUCCUUCCUGUCUGGGGAUUCCAGAGUCCUCUCUUCGUCCCUGGCAUGGAGCGAGCUCUCUAGCCUCUUCCCUGGUGGCCCAAGUUGACCCGGUCUGAGCCAGUCCCUUUUCUGAAGUCGUUCUUUCCCUCUCAUCCCCUCACCUCCUCCUCUUCAGCCUCUUCACAUACUUUUUUUCUUCUUCCUUCCCUCUGUUACUCACUCAUCAAGCAUCGAGCUACAGCCAAGCAGUGUGCUAAAAUCUAAUCUGAGGACAAGAUACGGCCCUGUCAUCAGAGAAGCCCACAAUGUCUCAUUUUAUGUAGACUCAUCUCUUCCCCAGGGGCCCUGCAGGUUGGUACUUGGCAUCCACAUGCAGGUACUCUCUGCAGAAGUUAGGUUUUCUGAGGCACUGUCUAUUGUGCUGAUUAACCUCCAUUCGCUCAUUCAUUUAUUCAGCAAAUGUUGAGGACAAGCCAGGCGUUGUGCUGAGUAGUAGAACUGUAGUUGCGUGUAAGACAGGCACCUCUUCUCCAUGCAGACGGGCAGGUACAGACAUUUCUGGAGAGUUAAGGACAUUGCACCCUUUCCACAUUUAACCCACUGGGAUCCUUUAAUUAUAAUUCAAACUGCCAUGAGGCACUUGCCUAGUGGAUGGAACGUGGACAGCAACAGAUUUUAGUCACCCAGUCACCGGACCCGCACAGCCCAUAUCCAACUCCAAUUUCAGAAAUUUCUUUUAUUUAUUUUAAAUAACUCUCCUCACUCACCACAUAGGAAAAGUGACCCCCAAGGACAGCCAAUGAGUGCCCUGAAAUGACACAGUGAAUGACAAGCAAGGCUGGAGUCAAGAGUCCAGGCCAGCGUCCCUGUUAACAGCCCCUCCCCACCCCCAGGUGGAAUCAAGAUGAAGAUGAGAACAUCGGAAAGUGCACUUCGGAGUAGCAAGCGCACUAUCUGGGUGGUGGUGGUGAUUUUUUGUGUGUUUAUAUUUUGGUGCUUAGGGCAGGAUUUGGCUGGGUUUAUUUGGAGUGGGCGAGCCUGGGCUCUUUUUGGGAAUAUCCACUGCUCUGUUUCUGGGAACAAGUCAGCCCCUUGUACCUGCCCCCUCCUGGGUGACGCUGAUGCACAAGAUUGUGAAAGCCUGAUUUAAAAAAAAAAAAAAAAACUCUAAGGUGGUGUUCAAAGUGAGUUGGUUGCCACAACAACCUCCAGGAAGACCCACUUGUUACCUUCUAUUUUUCCUAGUGCUUUAGAUCAGUGCUGCAGCGCAUGGGCCAUGUGAGCCACGCGGACAGCGGCCCUGAGGUUCUGUCACUGGGGCCACCUCUGGCCUCCUUCCUGCCUCUCCACUCAACGCCCUGCCGACCAUGGAGAGUCUCUGCAGUGCAAGGCCCCCUCUGCCUGUCAGGGCUGCUUCCUAGCCGAGCAAACAGAAACAGGGGAAACAGUGUGCUAAUUCGAGAACCAGGGUUUGUGUCUACAGCCUUUGUGAAAACCAAUCAAUUACUAGAUCAGUGGGUGCAUGCAUAAAAGUCUUGGCUGAGCCAAAGUCCCUUCUUGAAAAUAACAAGCCAUAAAAUUCCAAGGACAUCAAAGACCUUGGCUUGUGUAGGUGAAUUUACUUCCAGCUGAGAAGAAACUUGACAAGGAAGAGUUUAACCAGGAGGCUGAAGACCUGCUGUUAUGAUGUAGGUGGAGGAAAGCACUUUACAAAUAUUAAGUGGGCAUCGUCUUAUCCCCAUAAUCCCUCCUGCCCCUGUAAGACCCACUGCUCUACCUUAUCCCCAGGCUUAUUGAGGUAUGAUUCAGUUACUGUAAAACUCACCCUUUGGAAGUAUACAGUUCUGUGAAUUUUGGCAAACUUAUGUAACCAUCCCCAAGAUCAACACGUUUCCAUAACUCCAAAAAAUUCCCUCCUCCCACCCUCUUCCCCUGCCAGCCCUGACUGAUUUGUGGACCCUAUAGUUUUGCAUUUUCUAGAAUAUCAUGUAAGUGGAGUCACGCUGGUGUAGCCUUUCGAGUCUGGCUUGUCCCACUCAGCUUAACGCUUUCGAGUCACUCGGGACACUGUGUCAGCAGUCUGUCCCUUGUCAUUGCUGUGAAGUACUCCAUAGCAUGGGUGCACCCCGCUGCUUCCUUACUUUUCAAAUGAGUUGUCUGCCCUGGAAGUUCCUGGUGGCCCGGGGAGGGGGGUCUUCAACGUGUUUGCACGACCAUGGCCAGCUUGCUCCCCCAAAUGCCAGCUGUGUGCACAGGUGGUUCCUGGGGCUCACACUCACCUUUUUGGCUCAUGUCAGGUUUUUGACAGUGCAGCAAGCAGCUGGGGAGGGGAGGGGGACGGGGCAGGUGGGGGCUCCGCUGCCACCCACUUCUCAGCCAGAAGAUGCCCUCCUUUCCUUCUGGGGCCUUCAAUUCUCGUGGUUCUUGGCAUUUAUUGAGCAUUGGCGGAUGCGAAAGGCGCACGGAAGUAGCGUGGAUGAGAAGUCUGGGGCUGGCCGCGGGCUCACCCUUUCCUGGAUCUGUUGCUGCAUCUGCAAACUGAGGGUAGUUGCUCUAGAUGGUGUCUCAGGCCUCCAGUGACUGCACUUCUCCCCUUCUCGUUUCCGGUUUUGUCCCCUCUACUCGGGGUCAUGCCUACUCUGGGUCUCAUCUGCACAUCUGUGCAUAGAGUUGCCUAAAAUUCUUGUGGAAAAGAUGCCCUGGGCCUUCUCCGUUUAGACUCAAAUGGAGCUAAACUUAAGAGUUCUGUGAGUGUUGAGAAUGAGGUAGUUCCUUCUAGGACCCACAGAGAAAGCAUAAGUCAUUACCUCUUGGGUCUCGUCCGCUGAUCUUUGGUAUAUCCUGGCAUCUCCUGCCCAGGAGCCAGGACGGGCGUGAAGACGGAGCCACCUCCCACCUGGUCCUUGUCAUUGCUGGAGCCUUGCUCAGCUGGUGGUGACAAUGAGCCUGCUCUGUGUCUAUACUCCACUUGGUGGUGGCACAGGGUGACAGAGAUAGGACCAAACCCAGCUCAGGUGGGCCAUGGGUGUGACCCCCACGGUAAACACUGCUCCAAGCUGUGUCUUGUGCAUGCCCUGCUGGGUGAAAGGGCAUGCCCUUCUCCAACCGAACCAGUGACGUUUCUGGAUCCAGGCCAGAUGAAGAUGAGGGCAGAAAGCCGGAACCCACAGGGUCCCAGGGUGGGAGCUGAGAAUCUGUGCUGCCGGGGCUCUUCCGGGCUGGAUCUCCCAGGGAGGGACUGUCAGUGUCUCCCCCGUAGGAGUACGAUUUCUGGUGGGGAUUUGUUGGAGGUCAGGGACCAGCUCCAGUUGCAGCAGGUUAGGGUGAGAAUUAGACGGCUAGAGGGCAGAAACCAGUGCUCCUGUUCUCCAGCUUUCUAGGUGCUGGCGCGAGGCUCUGUGAGGAGCCGCUGCUGGGAGGUGUCUCGUGGGGUGGGGUGGGGCUGGGGUAAUGACCUUUGGAGGCUCCCUGUGUGGUGUUCAGGACAUGGUUCCUUUGCAUUUGAGUGAAAUUCCUCAUAGGAUUGCGAUGGUGGAACGUAAAAGGUCAGGGCACAUGGGUGCAUUCACGGGACGGUGUGACACUGAGACCGAGAGGGAAAGCUCAUUGUACCCGGGAAGAGCACAGGACCGGCCCUGCUCUGUGGCCUCCUUUGUCCCCUAAUCUGAAGUUAAGUCACAUCCCCUGUCGGGACCUCUGUGUGCUCCUCUGUGGAGCGGGGCUGCUUCCCUUCCAGCACCACCUGCCGCGGACUGGCUCUCGGGCGUUGGGGGUUCCAGGCGGCCAUGGGGACACAGGGACAGACAUUCAAAGGCACACCAGCCAUCCUUGGUGACAGGGGCCCCAAAUUUGCAUCUCUUCCCUCCCCUUUUCAAGGAGAUGACGAGAGGCUUCCCCUCCACAAACAGAGCACAUCAGCAAACCCUUUGAGAGUGGAAUUUUCUAACAAAAUAAACUUGCUUGUUUGGUCUGUUUUCUGUAACUUUUGCUAAAUACUUUAUACAUUUUUAAUGUUAAAAAGCUGCGUCUCCUGCCAGCAUUCCUCACCCCAGUAUGAAUGUGUUUACCCCACAUUGUAUAUCCUUCCAUUCCCUGGCUGCCUAGAUCCGUAAAUAAAAUUGAUGUAAUAUAAUUUAUAAGUAACACUGUCGAAACUCCCAUCCCCAUGGAGGCUGUAGCCCACCCUUCCCCGCCCCCGCGCCACCCCAUAAUAGCAUUUAUGUGUAUUAAUGCUGAAGAAUUAAAUGUUUAAAGAGUUUAAA